UCAAAUGAAUAGAUUCUGGGCAAGGCUGCAGUUUUGAUUCUUUCUGAAUCUCUACAGUUGCCUCCUAACAACGAAUUUGUCACGGAGGAAUAGCAGGAGUCGUGCAGGCCUGCCAACACUUUUUAACUUUCGAAGGAAUGGCAACAGGCAGUGAAUCUCCAUUACAUUCCACUACAUUCUCGUAUUUCGUGUACGUGACAUGUUGUCGUUUCGCCUUAUUUUAGCGCGCGCGGUUGGUGAACAAACAAUUCUUUCCGAGAAUCUUCGCAAAAGUGUUUGGUUUGGUUUUUUUAUAUUAUCUUGAGAAACACAAAGCAAAAAGAGUUUCACAAGCUGAAUUCGGGUUGCGAAUCAAUUUUCUGUGAUCGAGAAAUGGAAAGCGAAAACCGAGCAGAUGAUGGACUUAGAGGGAAGUCAACAAGUCGAGACGGCGGCUAUGGCUGGAUAGUCUGCUGUGGGACUUUCAUCGUAAAUUUUGUGGUAUUUGGAAUUCACAACUCAUUUGGUGUUGUGUAUGUUAACCUGCUCGAUGAGUUAAAACUUGGUGCGAUGCAAACAGCUUGGAUUGGCGCCAUGGCCAUGGGUUUAAACUUCUUUUUUGGUCCUAUAUCAAGUGCAUUGUGUGAUCGUUUUGGAUGCCUCGUUGUGUCCUUCGCUGGUGCGUUACUAUCGAUCUCAGGGUUGUUCCUAACUUCCUUCAUACAGAAAGUUCAUAUAAUGUAUGUUACCUACGGGCUUGUAUGGGGAGUAGGUUCUAGUUUCUCCUUUGUGUCGUCUAUCGUUGUCCUGGGUCAAUACUUUGAUAGAAGAUUGGCGCUUGCCAAUGGGAUUGCAACAUCCGGAAGUGGGGUAGGCUCUCUUGUUGCCGGGCCGGUCAUAAAUUACCUAUUGGCAUCAGUCGGAUGGAAACGCUCCAUGCGCAUUUUGAGCGCGUUUGCUGGACUGUUAUGUAUUGCAGCUAUGAUCUUUAUACCAAGGAAAAAUCUUCAAUCUACCAGGGAAAGAAGAGAAUGUACCAAGUUAUUUGAUACUUCAAUAUGGAAGAGUAAAGCGUAUGUUUUGUGGGUCACUACUGUAGCUGUGUUUCAAUUUAGUUAUCUCAUUCCAUUUAUUCACCUGGUGAAGUAUGCCGAAGAUUUAGGAGUACCAAAAUCUAAAGGCGCUUGGCUGAUUGGUUUUCUAUCCAUCACCUCAACGCUUGGUCGAGUGGUAUUUGGCAAGAUUUCCGACCUUAAAUUCGUCAACAGACUCUACCUGUACCAAUUUUCGAUAUUUUCCAUUGGAUUGAGCACUCUCUUGUGUCCUCUGGUCAAAAACUAUGCAGGACUUGUGGGUUAUGCUCUGACAUUUGGAUUUUUUGACGGCUGUUUUGUGGGCCAAGUGGCGGUGAUUACGGCUGAUGUGGUCGGACACGAUAAGCUUUCUCAAGCAGUGGGAAACAUGUUUGGAACUCUGGCGAUACCACUGAGUCUUGGACCUCUGCUUGCAGGUUGGCUGCAUGAAGCAUUCGGUUCCUAUGAUGAAGCAUUUUACAUUGCCGGUUCUGUGGCAUUAUUUUCUUCUCUCUUAAUUUUUGGGGUGAACUACAUGAUUCGAAAGCAGUCUAUAGCAGGAAGGCAAUUGGGAUUUAAAAACGACUAUUCGUUGGGUGUCUCUGAAGCCGAAACGGCACCUGACUCCGUCCGUUUAGAAAGAUACAGAAUCACAGCCAAUGCUGGAAGAGAAGCACAUUGUCACCAAUAAACUUUGCAAGCUUCUCUGUGCUUUAAGAAUAAGCAAGGAACUUCUUGUGGUUGAGAGAGAAACUGUUUUAUAAUAUUUUUAAUGAUUCUUAGAUUACU